AUGGCGACCCCUGGGAGGAUCGUGUACAUCAAUGGCUCCCCUUAUUACGAUAAUCCUUAUCCCUACCAGAUGCGACCUAGCUCUUCUCUUGCCGCUUUCAUACAGUUCCUUCACAAGCCUCAUUCUGUUCCCUUGGUUUGCAUCUUCUUCCUCUUCAUCACUUGGCUCGUCAUCCGAUUGCAUCACGCUGCCGAUCGCGCUCCUGAUUUCGAAUGGAGUUCCGAGGACGAUCUGAAGGCCAAUUUAGUCAGGUUCAGCUCUGGCAUUGCUUCCCAGAUUGCCAAAGACAGUCGUGGCUGGUUGCUCCAUCCCGUUUCUCUCGCUCCAUCUUCUGGCAUUUCAGGAGGAGCUGUCUCUUGUGCUUCGGUUUCUGUUGGGGAAAUACGACCCGGCAGGUUGAGAGGAAAUCACAGACACCACGAUCGCAACGAGACGCUUCUCUUUUGGGGUGCUACAACAAAAUUUAGGUUGGAGAACAAGAAGGUGGGUGAGAAGGGGUACGCUCAAGUGAUCGUUGGUGGAGAUGAAAUUGCUAUUGCUGCGAGUCCAAGUGGUUCAGCCCACGCCCUGGUGAACAUUGAUCAUAUUCGGAGCACUUUCUUCAUACGAUGCCAAGAUAACGUGACUGAUCAGCAUAAUAGUUCAAGUACAGACGUUAAUGUUUGGAAAGAUCUUUAA